UAGCUUGAAAGCUAACAAAUAAACACAAGGCGAAAACAAGCCCUGUUAUGUGUUUAGGAAAGUGGAAAUUUAAUGAAUACAUUAUUUUAGCAUAGUCUGUGUAUUAAUGCACAAGGGGCACCGCAGAACUGUGUGGUUAAAGCAACAAUGGCUUUAGUUUCAGCAGACACCAAAAUCGCAGAGUUACUCAAUGAGCUGCAUCAGCUCAUAAAGCAAACUCAGGAGGAGCGAUCACGAAGUGAACACAACCUUCUGAACAUCCAGAAAACACAUGAGAGGAUGCAGACAGAAAACAAGACAGCUGAAAGAAAGUCAUACACAUCUGGGAUGGCAUGAGGCUUCUCCAUAUUAUCGGACAAAAUUGAGGGGUCUUUACACUACAGCUAAAGCAGAUGCUGAGGCUGAAUGUGGUAUUCUUAGACGGGCCCUUGACAAGAUUGCAGAAAUUAAAUCCCUUUUGGAGGAGAGACGAAUUGCUGCCAGGAUGGCAGGAGUGUAUAGUGACACCGACCCACCCAGAAAGACCAUGCGCAGAGGCGUUCUCAUGACCCUGUUGCAACAGUCGGCUAUGACCCUCCCACUCUGGAUUGGAAAACCUGGGGAGAGUCCACCACCACUCUGUGGCGCUAUACCUGCCAGCAGUGACUAUGUGGCUAAACAGGGGGACAAGGUGGCGGCACGUGUGAAGGCCGUAGAUGGUGAUGAGCAGUGGAUUCUUGCAGAAGUGGUCAGCUACAACCACUCCACCAACAAGUAUGAAGUGGAUGACAUUGAUGAAGAAGGUAAAGAGAGACACACAUUGAGUCGGAGGAGAAUCAUCCCUCUCCCACAGUGGAAAGCCAACCCAGAGACAGACCCAGAGGCUCUGUUUAGCAAAGACCAGCUGGUUCUGGCACUCUAUCCACAGACCACUUGCUUUUAUAGAGCCUUGAUCCACACGCCACCACACCGGCCCCAGGAUGACUACUCUGUGCUAUUUGAAGAUACAUCUUACGCUGAUGGCUAUUCUCCACCUCUCAGCGUUGCCCAGCGAUAUGUAGUGGCCUGUAAGGAGAACAAGAAGAAGUGAUGGAAAGAUAAAAAAGAAGCAUUUAAAACCUGACAAAGAAUAUAAUGUGGGGCAUUAUUUGUGAAGAGACCCGGGGUUUAUCAUAAGGAGUGAAAUCAGGAUAUUGAGAAUAGUGGUACAUCGGUUUAUCCCCUGAAUCAUGAAUAUUUGUUUACAUCCUUGAUCUUGAGAAUUCAUAAAGAUCUUGAAUGUGAACAUUAGAACAUUCAUUUGAAAGUAUUAAAAUGCUUUGUAGUAAUUCCAAAUUGAGUCAUUAUUUCAGCUGGACCUGGUUAGAUUUCAAUUCUAUUUCCUACUUAGAAAAGUGUUACAGAAACAUUUCACCUUGGCAUAUCUCUAAAUAUUCGCUUUAUCAAUAAAGGAAUCAAGCGCACAAAUUUGUGAUACCAUUCAAAUAGUUUUUUUUUAUAUAUAUAUAUUUUUUUUUUAUUGAGCUACAAACGUGUACAAAUGCAUUCUAACAGUUAAGUUUGCUAGGGAGAAAUAUUCAAUAUUUCAUAAAGAAUCAAAUAAAAUAAAAAUACAUGCUUGUACAAUUUGAAAAGCUUUAUGCUUCUCAGUGGGCAAAAUGUAUUCAAUGUAAUGCAUUUCCUUUCUGAAAACGACAAAACAUGGUGUCUUAUCUGAGAAUUUGCAUGUGUGAAUAAGGAAUUUGGACAUUAAAAGAACAAAAUGUA